GCCGCGGGCAGGGGGGCGGGGCGGCAGAGCUCGGUGCCCGGCCUGGAGGACAGCGGUGUCGGAGUCGGCGAUCGGCGGUCGGCGGCAACGCUGAAAGGCGGUACAGGACGCGGGCGCCGGGUCGCCGGAGCUCAGAGGUUGACUCUUCACCACACUGAAGCCAUUAGGAAAAACCCUGUGAUUAACAGCAGAGGCUUCAGAGUUUGGCCAGUAUUCAGGCCUAGGAAUUAUUUUAAAUGGCAACUGAUAUGUCUCAAGGUGAACUCGUCCAUCCUAGGACACUCCCACUUAUAGUAGGAGCUCAGCUGAUCCACUCGGACAAGUUAGGUGAGAAGGCAGAAGAUAGCACCAUGCCAAUACGUCGAGCUGUGAAUUCUACCCGGGAAACUCCGCCCAAAAGCAAGCUUGCUGAAGGGGAGGAAGAAAAGCCAGAACCAGAUGGAAGCUCAGAGGAAUCUAUCUCUACUGUAGAAGAACAAGAAACUGAGACUCCUCCUGCUACAUCUAGUGAGGCCGAGCAGCCCAAGGGAGAGCCUGAAAGUGAAGAGAAGGAAGAAAUGAAGUCUGCUGAGGAAACAAAAAAAGAUGAGAAAGAUCAGUCUAAGGAAAAGGAGAAGAAAGUGAAAAAAACGAUACCUUCCUGGGCUACUCUUUCUGCCAGCCAGCUAGCCAGGGCCCAGAAACAAACACCGAUGGCUUCCUCCCCACGGCCCAAGAUGGAUGCAAUCCUAACUGAGGCCAUUAAGGCAUGCUUCCAGAAGAGCGGCGCGUCAGUGGUUGCUAUUCGCAAGUACAUCAUGCAUAAAUACCCUUCUCUGGAUCUGGAGAGAAGGGGCUAUCUCCUUAAACAAGCACUGAAGAGAGAGUUAAACAGAGGGGUCAUCAAACAGGUAAAAGGAAAAGGUGCAUCUGGCAGUUUUGUCGUGGUCCAGAAAUCAAGAAAAACACCUCAGAAAUCCAAAAACAGAAAGAAGAAAGACUCUGCACUGGAUCCAGAACCACAGGUUAAACUGGAAGAUAUUCUCCCAUUGGCCUUUACUCGACUUUGUGAACCUAAAGAAGCUUCCUACAGUCUCAUCAGGAAAUACGUGUCUCAGUACUACCCUAAGCUUAGAGUGGACAUCAGGCCCCAGUUGUUGAAGAAUGCUCUACAGAGAGCAGUAGACAGAGGCCAGCUAGAACAGAUAACUGGCAAAGGCGCCUCGGGGACAUUCCAGCUGAAGAAAUCAGGGGAGAAACCUCUCCUUGGUGGAAGCCUGAUGGAAUAUGCAAUCUUGUCUGCCAUUGCUGCCAUGAAUGAACCGAAGACCUGCUCCACCACUGCUCUGAAGAAAUACGUCCUGGAGAACCACCCAGGGACCAACUCUAACUAUCAAAUGCAUUUGCUGAAAAAGACUCUGCAGAAAUGUGAGAAGAAUGGGUGGAUGGAGCAGAUCUCGGGGAAGGGGUUCAGCGGCACCUUCCAACUGUGCUUCCCCUAUUACCCAAGCCCAGGAGUUCUGUUUCCAAAGAAAGAGCCAGAUGGUUCUAAAGAUGAAGACGAGGAUGAGGAUGAGGAAGAAUCAUCAGAAGACUCUGAGGAUGAAGAACCACCACCCAAAAGAAGUUUACAAAAGAAAACACCAGCCAAGUCCCAGGGGAAGGCAGCAUCCAUGAAGCAGAGAGGGUCCAAGCCUGUGCGAAAAGUCCCUGCUGCCCAGAGAGGGAAAGUGAGGCCACUGCCUAAGAAAGCUCCCCCCAAGGCUAAGACCCCUGCUAAGAAAGCCAGACCCUCACCCUCAGUCAUCAAGAAGCCUAGUGGGAGCUCCUCCAAAAAGCCCAUAGCCAAUGCUAGAAAGGAUGUGAAGCUGCCCGGCAAGGGCAAAUCUACCACGAAGAAGUCUUUCAAGGCAAAAAAGUAAAUUUUAUAGGAAAAGUAUCAUGAUGGAAUUCAAAAUCUUAUUUUAUAAGGUGAGUGUGCAUUUGUUUUAGUUAUAAUGCUUUUACAUUUUUUUCUUCCUCUCUGAACUUUAUGGGAAGGAAUAUAAACAAGCCAGUGUAGACAUUUUUUAGCUUUAGGUGCUGUUCUCAGUGCCUGCCUCCUCAUUUUAAUUUCUGCCAUAAUUCUGGACUUCGCUAAACUAUGUAACUGUUCUUUUGUUCUUAAUCCUGACCCUCAUUCUCUCUUUUUGUAUUGUCUGAUUUUUUUUUUUUCCUCCAAGUUAGUCUAAACAAUUGCAAAGACUUAUAUAUGUAGUGAGCACCAACAGGUCUGGUGCUGGAAGUCAACAGGAGGCAGGUGCACUGUCAGAAAGGCGUUGCCUCCUGCCUGGAGACUUUCUAA